AAAGGGAUGUAUUGCGCUGGCGGAAAAAUCAAAUUGCCUCAACUUGAUGCACCAUCAGAGCCAUUGAAAACUUUACUUGCUGGAUCUACCGUUGAAUCGAAGCAUUUCUUAUCGAACAUCAGGAAAUAUAACUCUAGCUUCCAAAUGACGUCAUUUGGUGCGGAAAUCAUGACUGCUCUAUUCAUGCCAACUUUUAAAAUCAAAAGGCAAAUAUAUCACAAAGCUGGCUCCCUGCUCCCGUUCUCAGAUAGUGACCAUAAAUUCCUCCAAAUGUACUUCAUUGGUGAUGAUAGAGAUGAAGUAGAUGCACGUUGUGGAAUACAUACCUCGCUAAGAAGAUCCAUUAUUUCGCAGCUGCAGGAGCUUCUUCACGAAAGGAACAAUUUAGUGCGUUUGUUCAAAACAGCAAUUGAUAUGAUGCCAUCAGAUACCCACAAAAUUAUUAUUCACGCAGACAAAACCCCCGCUGGAGAACAUGUCCGGAGAUAUAAUGCUCCAACUAUAGACGAAGUAGCAAUUGUCAUAGUCGGAGAUCAGUUCCAACCUAGAGAUAUUGUUCACCAUCGAAGAAAUAAUCAAUUAAUAAACGUAGCAGAAACUCACCGUUGAUCUUUACAAUUGUGUGGUUUAGAUUUAGAUGUGGAUUGCUUUUCACAUGGACAACUGUAUGUUGCGUGUUCCCGAGUCAGCAAACCAGAUAGUCUUUAUAUCUACGCAGACAGUGGAAAAACAAAAAAUAUUGUAUUAAUAUCCACAAGUAUUGCAAAAUUAAACUUAUAUGAAAUGUAUUCUUUGUUUUGUUUUCCAUUUCUCAACCAUUCAAUCACAAUGUGCCACUGCGAAGCGUGGCAGGGUACAGCUAGUUUAUUAUAU